AUGGCAGGCGCCGGUUGCUCACUAUUCGCGCCUUAUGUUAUCCCACUUGACGAUUCAUAUUACAAAGAUGAUCAAAACGACCCGGAAAUGCUGGACCCACAAACGACCAGUGACGAAGGUUACAGAGAAGGCAUUCAUAAUUUUCAAUUCAGUCGUCUGAACAAAUUAGUUGAAACCCACACCGCUGCGACGGUUGCAAAGAUUAAGGCCAAGAAACCAUACAACAACUACCACUCUCGCGACGCACAUAAUAAGCAUCAGAGAGUUAUCUGGCAAGGAAUUCGAGAGGCAGCUCAAGCUGAUCACGAUAUACCGAAUGCGUUGUUCUCCCCUCCACGAACAUAUAUCGAAGUGCGCGUAUCCCAAUGGCCCCUUUCAAGUCAUUACUGCUGCCCUUGUGACAUCGAUGAAAACGAAUGUGAAGUUAUCGAGAUACGAGCGCCAAAGGAUUCAGAUGACGGUAUUACUAAGGAUAUGUUUAUUCAAAAAGUGAGCGAGGCGCUUUACGGUCAAGCCUCGGAUACGAACAACGCCGGAAUUAGCAGCUACAGCAUAGGUGGUGAAGAGGAUAGACCAGUUAUUGAACGGUUCGAUUACAUGAUACAAGGUGGGGGUUCCGGCGACGGAGUCAAUAUCAUGGGACAUAUCUUCGCAUUAACCAAGGGUAUUCGUCCAAAGCCUUACUGA